UCCAAUGGCAGCCAAUCACAGGGCAUGUGGGGAACAUGGAGAAUAAGUGCAGCCGCUGUCCCAUGUCACUUUAUAAGCAGAGGAAGAACCCAGUGGGACCCUCCUGCAGCAGCCCCCCAGCCCCCCAGUGCUCCAUGGAUUCAUCUCCCCUCCUGCUCCUCCUGCUCCUGUGCCCCGUGCCCCCCCUACAGGCCGGGGUAUUUCAGCGGGUGCUGAGCCUCUUCUCCCCACCGGGACACUCUGCUCUGGAUGGGACUGGGCUGAGCGCCCUUAUAAAGUGCCUGGAGGAACGUGUGCAGUGCGAGAGUGGGCCGUGCGAAAAGUGUUUGUCUCCCAUGGAUCUGUUGAAUGCUGUGAAUCUGCCCCCGGGCUCCCCCCUGGAUGCUGAGGGGUACAUGGCUGUUUCUGGGGGGCUCCUGUUCUACAUGUCGGACCCCCAUACAGCAUGUUCUGCCCUGAGGCAGGGGGAGUGGAUGAACCAAUCACAAACAUUCAUUAAAAGCCAAGUGGCCCCCAGUGCCCUGGAGACGGCCGAGCAUCUGAUUGGAGCUGUGCAGCCCCUGUACCGAGGGGGGGAGCAGCCAUGCCAACGUGGGGAGAACAUUAUCAAUAUGACGUCUGAGCCCGACACCGUGACCCCCGAGAUUCAGGGGGCUCUCCUUGCCACCGUGUUUGAGGGCAAAUGUUUAAAUGUCCUUCCACCCCCCGAGUACUUCUUGGGGUACAUCUACAAUUACCUGGGAAGUGAUGGCACCAACCUGAGCCUUGAUGCUCUUUCCCUGCUGAUGACCAACCUGAGCCUGGUGAGGGAGGAGGAACAUGGGGACCAUGAUGGGGAAGACCACGAGGGACACGGAGAUGCCCAAGAGAUGCCAGACCCUAUGGCCCACCGGCGCCGCCUGGCACAAGAUAAUGCCCCCCACACAAGGCAUUGGGUUGAGACAUGUUUCAGCCCCCGGGAGUUGUUUGCCAUCCAUGGGAUUGACCCUGACCUGGGCAUCUCCCCAGAGCAAUUCCCCCACGUUGGCACCAGUCUGAUCCAGCUGCAGGUCAGCAAGGUCUGUGCCAGGGGGCAGGAGCCAGGGGGCAACCAGGAGCAACUCAGCAUUGCGGAAAAAUAUAUCUAUGGCACAAUUGCCACGCUGGUGGUAUCUCUGUGUGCCCUGCUGGGAAUCUCCAUCCUGCUCUGUACUUCCUGCACCACCGCCUACCAGUACAUCAUCCAGUUCUUUGUCAGCCUGGCCGUCGGCUCCCUGACUGGCGAUGCCGUGUUGCACCUGAUACCCCAGCUUCUCGGCCUGCACGGCCAUAGUGACCCCCAGGGGCACUCGCACCAGGAGGAGGAGGAUCGCUCUCACAUCUGGAAGCUUCUGGCGGUGCUGGGGGGCAUCUAUUUGUUCUUCCUCAUGGAAAAGCUCUUUAGUAUCUUGAUGAUAUCGGGGGAGGAGGCUGAGGGUGCCAACCACGGACACUGUGACCACGGAUUGUCCCUGCAGAACUACCACCAGGACAAGGAAAGGCGGAAGGAGCAGAAGUCGGAAUCCCAAGCUGACCUGGUCUGUGCUACCGACGUGGAAUUUGGGAGUGGAAGGCAAAAAGCCAAGAGCCGAGAGCUGCAGAUGAUCCCCUACAUGAUCACCAUUGGAGACGCCAUUCAUAACUUUGCCGAUGGUUUGGCUAUAGGAGCUGCAUUCUCCACCUCUUGGAAAACUGGAUUGGCGACAUCUCUGGCUGUUUUAUGCCACGAACUCCCCCACGAACUUGGUGAUUUUGCUGCCCUUCUCCAUGCCGGUCUCCGGGUGCGUUGGGCUCUACUCCUGAACUUCUCCAGUGCCCUCACCGCAUUCAUUGGCCUGUACAUCUCGCUGUCCAUCUCGGCCGAUGAAGCCGUCCAGCAGUGGAUCUUCACUGUAGCCACCGGCCUCUUCCUCUAUGUUGCUCUGGCAGAUAUGCUUCCCGCCAUGAUGAAUGUGAAGCUCCACAGACCCUGGAUCCUCUUCUUUCUCCAUAAUCUGGGGAUUCUUUUGGGCUGGGUAAUCCUCCUGAUUUUAUCACUUUAUGAGGACAAUAUUGCCCUGUGAGGUCACCAAUCUGCCUCAGAACAUUGGUUCUGACCUUCCCGGGUAUCUCCUACCUGAAGACAAAGCCGGAUUGUCCAAAGAACAUUCUAUUCUAAGUCUUUAUUGGGAAAGAAUGAAACCGUGUUCCAUUAAACUUGCUCUCAGACUUC